CGUGAACAAUGGGCCAGAUACUGAAGAUGCAAACAAGAAACUUCUGAUUUGGAUAUGACGUGCCUUUUCGGAUUCUUUAAAUUGAGAUACUCCAUCGCACGUUAAAGGGAAGAGGAAGUCGUCAUCACCGCCUCACGAUGGAGACAUUACCUCGGUUUGAAGGCUCACAGAACCAAGCAUUUUGUUUGCCACCCUCGAAUUCCGCCAACCAGAAUGGCAACGGUUUCCAGGGUGUUACGACUGGAGGAUGGUUCAAUGGAAACCUCAGUGACAAAGUUAGUGGGGGUCAACCAACAAUGGCCACUAACUUGUCCACACACACUUGUCCACAGUAUUUCACACACAACGGACAAACUGCAAAUGGGAACUACUGGAAAAACCAAGCAAUGGGCUCGAACUCUGUUCGGAAUUCGUACCCCUUCAGUGCGCAGAGGAAUGGUAAUGGAAUUGGGGAGGCCGUGCCUCAGAUGCCAUUGAGAAACCAGGCUUUGAUGAAUGGAAAUGGGAACUGCAUCGUCUCCUCAGGCAAGCACGCGCCAACAUUCCAGUACCCUGCAGGGCAGACCCUUUGGAGAGCAGACGUUCCUAAAGGCUAUCAGGGACAAGAUUUGCCUUCAGUCACAAACACAGCAAAUCCCCAAAUGAUGGCAGAUAACAGAAAUUACUACAAUUCCCAGGAGGUGUUCCCGCGAGUUAGCAAUGGAGCUUGGGCUGCUACUUCACAAGGCCAGAGGAACCACAAUAUUUACCAACAUUACCUACAGAGAAUGAUGUGUGGGGGGCAGGGGACAAGUCCAGUGAAUCCUCUGAGACAGAAGUUAAACCCUCAUUAUUUUCAAGGGACAGCAGUCACUGGACAGGGUGUGGUGAACAGCGAGAAUGGGGCAAUGAAUAAGAACCAAAGAGAAGGUGUGAAUGGCCCUGCUGUUGUUGGGUUUCCUCAUGCAGGAGAUCGAACCAUCAUGAGGCAAGGUAUGACAAGCAGAAGGAAUGGCACAGGAGCAAGCCCUGUCUGUGGGAAUUUAGCUCCUGUGAUUCAGAAUGCCAAUCCCAGCCAUUUUCAAGGGGCGAUGAAUAGGAGUCAGGGGCCAGCUGUCAGCUCUCCAACUACUACUGUGCGUCAUUUCCCUGGCCAGAGUGCUCACUCUCACACUCAAGUCGUUUUGCCGAGGGAUGUCACAGAUGACACCCUGGAAAGAAUUCUGUGGGCCUUGGUUUUGAAAUCCCAGACUGACCCCACUCAAAGAAACGAGAAUGGGGGAGGCAACGUCACCACAGCGCCGGAAAGGACUGCCGAACUGCAGCUCGGAAGCUCCGCUCCCACCGGAGACCUUCGCAGUACUUUGAACCUACCUUGUCCCCGUGGGAGCGGGAACCAAAAUAUCAACCAACUCGGCCAUUUUGGUGCUGGGCUGCAAAAUGUAACACAGCAGCAGCCCGUUUGCCAUUUGCCCAGCAGCGGUGCUACUGCUAAUGUGGUUGCAGACCCCUCCUGUACUGGAAAGCAGGGCAGCCUCCGCCUCCCAGCGGGUCAACCACCACCCCGAAGAGCACAGAACCCUGUCAGGAGAAAUGCACAGGGGACUGGAUAUCGGAUGCAAAGCCACAACGGAAGUGCACAACCUCCAUCUUUUCCUGGGACCUUAAACGGAUGUGUAGCGAAGGGUGUGGGGCAUACAGGAUCCCCUACAAUGGUGACCCACACUGCAAAACAGCUCCCUGUGUCUGUUGAUAAUCGCAAUGGAAAUUGUGCUCGUGCCUCGAAUGCUAGUAACGGACACUCAUCAUCAUCUCCGAACCAAGGAGGACAGUUGUGCGUUAAGCAGCCUGCUGCAGAUACCCCACCAUAUCCCAAAAGGCAUGGAUACUUUGUUACGGUAACAGAGGACAGACUAGGGAAGGGAUUUACUGCCGAAAACGUGAUAUUUGUGGGCAAUCAGCCUGCUGACAAUGUCUCUACUUUACAAGGAUGCCAGAUUCCUCCUGCAGAAAAGACUGUGAAUUUGGACUGUGGAGGAACUAUUGGAGAGCUGUCUGGUAAUGGUAGCCCUGAUAAGCAUGACACCAACCUUUCAGCUUCUGUGACCUCUGCAGAAUCUAUGUUUAACCAGCCAAAAGCAAGCAAUCAACAAAAUAAGUCUGCUUGCUCUUCAAGCCAGAGGGCUGUGGCAGUGCUUGAUGACAUUGAUAAAGAGCACGGCUUUCCCUUCCACUUGCGGUUUGGGCGAUGCAUACUCGAGGAAGAGGAGGAAGAGAGUAAAGGCAAGGAAGUGAACGAGUGCGACGACAAACCUGGAGAGGCUGCUAGCGAGAGCCAGGCAGAGAAAGAGGGGCCGGCACCCACGGGAGUGGAGAUGGAUACCCCCAUUGAUCCCCUGUCUGCAUUAGAAAUCAAUGUGCUUCCACCCGAGGAUGCUGUGAGGUUUUUCAGGGGUGAUGUCAGCACAGAUGCGAAGGCAGAGGACCUGCAGAGAGAGGGGGGCAAACCGGCCUCUGAGCUGCACAUCACAGAGGGACAAAGAAAGACCCUCAAAGGCCAAGAAACUGCACGCUCACCUCAAAGUAAGAUCGUGCCAGGCAAACUUCCAGCAAGGCCCACGUGCCUGAACAAGAACGAGAAUCAGAAGAGCGCAGUGACUAAAUCGCCGGAAAAUAAGUCGACGCAGACUCAGCAGCAAACCGAGGAAAGCGUAACCGGGAGGAGCAAAAACGGCAAACGGCAUGACACGGCUGCGCUGUCAUCCUCUCCCGAGGAAGACGCUUCCGUCAAGAGAGAGAAAGGAGCAGAGCCAGCGCGUCGCCAGAGUCGGAGGCUGUUUGCCGUGGGCAAACCCGACGCAGGAAGGAGGAGCAGGCAUGACGCGGGGAUCCCGGCCGUGAUUCCGUCGCAGAAGGAGAACUGCGUUUUGGAUUUCAAGCUGCUGCCCGAAUCCUUCAGCUUCAAAGACGAUCGGGAUCUUCAGGGACCUGCGAAACGCCGAAACCCAGUGAAGAUAGAGCCAGUGUGUCCAAAAGUGAGCGACAAGCAGCCUGAGAGUCUGAAAAAGACGUCCUGGGGAGCGCAAGGCUCCUGGUCAAAGCAUUCAGGCAGUAAAAGGCCGACUUCUUCGAAAACGAUGUCAUCCAGGGAAACCACCUCCUCUACCUUCCAAGAGUAUAAGAAGAAAUACAUGGCACAGGGCAAGAAGUAGUUUUUUUUGUUCUCCAGAAUGCACUGCACAGAUCUAAAUUUAUUAGAUAAUAAAACCACAACACAGUACGCACUGACUUGCAUAACUACCUUUUCUUUUUUGAAGGUUAUUUCUUGUUUCCUGUGGAAACUGCCUGUUAAUAGUCUUUUUGAUU